GUAGCAAGGUGCAGAUCAGAUGACGAGAUAAUAAGCUAACAACAACCCGUAACACUGCCGGGAAUGUUCUACUUGAAAAAUAUGUUGCUGCACACAAAUAAGGAUAAAUCAUGACCGGAGAAGACAAAGGAAAAAGGCGAAGCCAAAUGUGCCGUAUGCAACAAGACGUUUGAUAUCUCUAAAGUCAGAGAGGCGCCAUUAACUAGCCAUGCUAAAGGGGCAAAGCGUCAGGCUUCAACGGUUGCCCGCGAAUCAAGCGCUAUCACGGGCUUAAGACUCCAAACAAAACCCUGAGACGGCUACUGUGAUACCGACUGUUUGUCUAAAGCAGGGCCCUGAAAAACCUCUGCGGUUCAAGCCUACCACCUUGUGGAGAAGUACUGAAUUACUGCCCGGCUGUUUGGCGCCUUGUUGCAUUUAAGGAGGACUUAGAAGAAUCUGCGUCAGCGAUGGUGUUUUUCCUGUCUAAACCCCUGCCUGCUCCAGAAGGAGAGGACGCUGUAGGAGCACACAGGAGGACGGGGGCUCCUCCUGCCUUGGUGUGAGCGCUGAGGUUUCUCCUCGGAGGAUCCGCUCCACCUUAAGACCUCAGUGGCCCCUCAAUGCUCCUUUCCACCCGGGGAGAGAGGAGCGGUGGAUACCGGCCACAGCGCACCACAGCCGGCUUGGCACAGAGGAGACGCAGGGGGAAAAGGGAGAGGAGGAGAUGUGUAUGGCUCCAGGAGCCCACGGCCACUGUGACACAACCACACAGCACCACAGCAGCCACUAGAGGCUAGAAAUAACCAGAAUAAACCCCAUUAGGUUAUAAAGUGGAGCACAGCCUUAGUGCCAAAGUUGAAGCUUUAAUUUUGUUAAAAUGAAAAUCUAUAAUUAAAUUUAACGUUGAUGACUGACACUAAUCAUCAUGUGAUGGAUGAGUAAAGUUUCUACUGUAAAAAGUUCUCAGUUCUCCACAGACCUCCCUUGUGUAUACUUUGAGUGGUGAUUAUUAUGGCAACGCUCCAGGUCGCUGUUGCGUUUUCAUUGCGCACGGGGUUUGGCCCCUCUUACAUCAAAGGCCCCUCAGAAAAGGGGUGGACCCGGGGCAGGGGCAUAUAAGGGAGGCACGGCUCGGGUGUUAGAGCAGAGAAAGACACAACUUCAGGCACGGGCCAGCAGAGCAAACAAACGCCUGCCCCGAACUCCAAGCAGACAGAGACCGAAACAUCUGCUGACUUUUGCAGAGACCUGUUGGAUUUUACUGCUGAGACCCAGCCCCUGUUCUCAUCUACUGAAAGGACUUUUUUUUAAAUAAAAACUAAUUAUUGCAACAAGUCCGAUCUGCACCUAACUUUAAACUUUUGCACUGGAUUUGACCCAUCUUUUGAUUUUAAGCGUGUGGACAAUUUUAAAGACUUGGGUUUUGUAGGUUUUAGGGUGGAGAGUAAAACAGUCCUUUAUACGGAUUUUACUUGGACUAAAUUGUGCGUUUUCUUUCCUUUUCCACGGAUUUCACGGUUAAAUCAUGUGGUUUUCCAUUGGGUUAAUCCUGUGCGUCAGCGCGGUUGUGCAGGGCGCAUGGGAAGAGAGCACCGUGGUGCCGGUCAGAUUGGACCCGCUGGUUCGGUUUGAGAGCAGAACAGAGCAGUGGCGGACCGUGUCUCCAGAGGAGGAAGAGAAGGUGGCGCAGAUGAGGGUGUACCGGUUGGAUGUAUUCGGCUCCGAGUUUCUGCUGCAGCUAGAACCCGACCAGACCUUCCUGGCGCCGGGUUUCGUCUUCCACGUUGUGGGGACUCCCGAACCCACCGAGGAACCAAAGAGCGGAGCCGAACCGAGCUGCUUCUACUCCGGCACGGUGAACGGAGAGGAGAACUCUGCGGCUGCGCUCAACCUGUGCGACGGCCUUGCGGGCGGAUUCUACUAUCAGGGUGAAGAGUACUUCAUCCAGCCCCUUAACUCCACCGGUGAGGAGGAGGAGCAGGAGCAGAAGGAGAUGGAGGUGCACAGGAUCCGCCGGAGAGGUCGGCAGACUUUUGCCGAAGAGGGGAGCUCCAAGUGUGGGGUCAAUGAGGACGAGGCGCGGGUGCCAAAGAAUCUGGAGAAAGAAGCGCCGCGCAAAGGAGCAGAGUCACAGCAGACAGGUCACCACAGAACCAGACGCUUUGUGUCCACGCCUCGCUACCUGGAGAUCAUGCUGGUAGCGGACCAAUCCAUGGCUGAGUUCCACGGUGCUGGCCUCAAACCCUACCUGCUGACCAUAAUGGCGGUGGCAUCGCGCCUCUACCGCCACCCUAGCAUCCACAACUCCAUCAGCCUGGCAGUAGUGAAGCUGCUGGUGGUGUAUGAAGAGGAGCGAGGCCCUCAGGUGUCAUCCAACGCCGCCAUGACUCUGCGCAAUUUCUGCCAGUGGCAACGGCAGCACAACCCGCCCAGUGACCGACACCCAGAGCACUAUGACACCGCCGUGCUCUUCACUAGAACGGACCUGUGUGGGGGACACUCUUGUGACACCCUGGGGAUGGCGGAUGUUGGCACCGUGUGUGACCCUGAGAGAAGUUGCUCCAUUAUUGAGGAUGAUGGACUUCAAGCAGCAUUUACUGUGGCUCACGAACUGGGCCAUGUUUUCAACAUGCCUCACGAUGAUGCUCAGCUAUGCUCAGGGGUCAACGGGGCCCACUGGGGCUCUCACAUGAUGGCCUCCACUCUGUCCAACCUGGACCAGCAGCAGCCGUGGUCUCCUUGCUCUGCCCUCAUGAUCACCACCUUCCUGGACAAUGGUCAUGGUCAGUGUCUUCUGGAUAAACCGGUCAAACCUCAGACCCUGCCCCAGCCACUGCCCGGGUCAGUGUAUGACGCUGACCAUCAGUGCAGACUCACCUUUGGUGAUGAGUCCCAGCAUUGCCCCGACCUGAGCACCACCUGCGCUGCUCUGUGGUGCACAGUGACCACCACCAACGGUUUGCUGGUCUGCCAGACCAAGAACUUUCCCUGGGCUGAUGGAACACCAUGUGGACAUGAGAGCACCUGCCUAGCUGGACAGUGUCUCACCAAGAGCCAAGCUGCCAAACAUCAGACUCCUGUCAACGGUGGUUGGGGUAUGUGGGGGCCCUGGGGCGACUGCUCACGGACCUGUGGGGGAGGAGUGCAGUAUUCCUUCCGCUCCUGUGACAACCCUUUGCCCAAAAAUGGGGGCAAGUAUUGCGAGGGCAAAAGGAUCCAGUACCGAUCCUGUAACACUGAGGCCUGUCCUGAUAACAACGGCUUGUCUUUUCGUGAAGAGCAAUGCCUGGCUCACAAUGACAUGUCAGCCCAGGUGUCCCUGGGUUCUGGAGAGGGUGUUGAGUGGGUGCCCAAGUAUGCUGGAGUCUCACCCAGAGAUCGCUGCAAGCUGGUUUGCCGGGCCAAGGGAACUGGAUACUUCUUUGUCCUCAAAUCUAAGGUGGCGGAUGGAACACCGUGCAGCCCAGACUCCACCUCCGUCUGUGUCCAAGGCCAGUGCGUGAAAGCUGGAUGUGACCGUAUCAUCGGCUCCACCCGAAGAUUUGAUAAGUGUGGAGUGUGUGGCGGGGAUGGCUCCACCUGCAGGAAGAUGUCCGGCUCUCUAGAACGUUCCAGGCCUGGUUACCAAGAUGUUGUUACAAUACCUGCUGGUGCCACCCACCUGGAUGUUAAGCAACGUGCCCCUGGUAACGGUCGUCAGGAUACCAGCCACCUGGCCGUGCGUCGCCAGGAUGGAACCUACCUUUUAAAUGGUAACUACAAACUGAUGACCAUGGAGACUGAUAUUGCCCUGCGUGGGGCACUGUUGCGCUACAGUGGCUCAGCUGCCAGCCUGGAGCGCCUUCGCAGCUUUGCCCCACUUCCUGAGCCCAUUACCAUCCAGGUGCUGUCUGUAGGAGUGGCCCCCAGGCCUCGUGUGAAGUAUAGCUACUUUACCCCUAGACCCCACAAUGGCGGUUCAUCCAAUAACAACAACGGGGGGCGCCGUCAGUCCAUCAACGCUAUCCGAGAGGUAGAUGGAGCUGAGUGGACUCUGAGGGAGUGGGGGCCCUGCACCCAGACCUGUGGAGGAGGUGUACAGCAGAGAGAGGUGGUGUGUCUGGACCCUCAGGGUCGUCCCUCCAGAGAUUGUCCAGAGGAGCUGCGUCCAUUAGCCUCUCGCUCCUGCUCAUCUCUGCCCUGCCCCUCCUGGUUCCUCGAAGAAUGGUCCACAUGCUCCAAGACCUGCGGUCGGGGCUUUCGCAGACGUCAGCUGCGCUGUAUCGGUCAUGACGGCCUCAAUCUUAAUCACAGCAGCUGUGACCCCAAAGUCAGGCCGCGACCCCUGCUGGAACUGUGCAAUCAGGCAGCCUGUUGAGGACUCGCCCCUUAGAACUCUUAAUCUUGGCUCAUCCAUCUGGCCUUGAGAUGAAACAUCAGACGUACCUCUGUUCGUCGCUUCUGAAAAUGAUCUAAAGAGAUGAAUGUUUACAUCCAGAGCUGAUUUAGGUUCCUGAAGGGAAGAAGAGUCAGGACUCUCAAGAACAAUUGCAGCCCAUUCCCUUUGUGCAUCACCAGGAGCCGCAGAGGCACUGCCACAGAACUGCAGCAGCAAAGACUGAGCGCAGCUUUGCUGCCUUUCUGUCCUCAGCACAUCACAAUCCUGACUCUUACAGAAGCAUGCUGCUUACCGUGCCAAGGUCAUGCUUGUUCAUGUGUGUGUGACUGUACGUAUGAGGUGUUCGUUUUUUUGAGUGCAUGUUAAUUGUGUUUGUCCAAGCUGGGCUGGACAAACACCUUAAGGGAUAGUUCAAGUUUUUCAAAACUAUGUUUGUAAAACAUGGGUGCAAGCACCAAUGGAAGAAGAAAAAAAAAAAUUUAUAGACACUUUUUUUUUUUGUUUUAAAUAUAUCUUAUGUCUCAACCAGUCUUUCUCUCAUGCCAAAGACCCUGGAAAAAAUCAGGAGUUCUUAAUUCAACACCACUUACCGAAGUGGGUUUAAACGUCUUUUUCUAUGACACAAGGCCUUCAUAAAGGUAAUGUGGAUUUAUCUGAGUAACAAAACUCUUACCAAAUCAGACGGGAAAAGCUCCAGUGAGCUAAAAACACUUUUUUGCUGGUGUGAGAGAAGAAUCACCAUGUCUGACAAUUCCAUGUUCUAAAGAUAGUACACAAACAAAAGUCCUAGAACCAACAGCCCAUUUCCCCAGAGAACUGCCUCUGCACCUGGUUGUCAGUUUCUCACACGACUACUUUUUGACAAACCUGAACUAUCCCUUUAAGGGUCAGGAUGUGGACGGUUGUUUUUAAGAAUAUAUAGAAAUAAAUGAAUGAUUCUACUUGCUCACCCCAUCAGGUAUGGAAAAUAAGAUUAGCUCAUUGUGUUUAUUUUCAAAACUUUGCCAGUUAUAUAUGAAUAUAUAUAUAUAUAUAUAAAUGUGUAUGUGUAUUUUUUUUUAUUUAUCAUAAACCUGUAGCACUUCAGCCUUGUUUUUACCAGUGGCACAUUUUUAACACCUAAACGUCUCUAGAUGCCUCAGUACGUUGUCCUUCAGCCAUAUCUUGCCCCCCCCCACACAAAACCUUCAGUGAGGGAAUUUUUUUAAGACCAAAGAAUGGUGUAUGUGUGUGUGUUUGAGUGUGUGUGGAGACCUACAGAGGGACUUGUCUCCUGCUACUACUUCAUAAGUAAGUCUCUCCUGCCUUCUGCGAAGGCAUCGUGUUGUUUUUUUUCUGCUUGUUUGUUUUCUAUCCAGUUUUGUUUCUCUUUUUGUACAAAAUACCUGUAAUUUUAUUUAUUUUUGUACAGCCGGUUAAAUAUAAUCAUGUGGCUUUUUUAAUAUUAUUUUUAUUUGUUAUUGAGAUCACAGAAGGAAGUAGAAUAUAUAGAGUAUUUAUACAGUGUUUUAUAUAUAUAUGGUCCUAGGUUCAUGAAUAAAGUAUCACAUUGACUUGUGCAUCUUGCAUCUCUAGAGUGUUUUGUUCAAUUUUGGUACAUUCGCUGAUAUUAAAGAACAACAGCCUGAGUCUGUGUGGCCUUUAGGUGGUGCUGUGAAGCAGUCAUUAUAUGCUUUUUUGUAUGUGAUAUAAAAGGAGGGUACACAGGAAUUUGUUUUUUGAAAAACAAACAAAAACAUCCAAAUACAUGUAUGUCAUGUAAAGACCACUACAUAUGUAUGGUGUGAAAAUGCUGCCCUCUGCCUGCCAAGCUUUUUCUCUCCUUUGUGAUCUGCAAGUAUUUCAAGCGUAAAUGUGGUUUUCUUUGAAAAAUAACCCUAGUAGGUGGCAGUAAUUCAAUCCAAAGUUUGCAAAAGCUUCCUUUAAAAACCAGAGAAGAGGAAUGUGGUUGGGUAAGGGAUAGUAUGAUGUGACACAUGAGGACCCAAACUACUGUAUGUAAGUCAUACAUUUCUAACUGGUAUUGUCUUUUGUUUUGCACAACACAGUUUUACAAUAAUGUGAUGCAGUGAUUUAGUUCUAAUGUUAGAAGAUGUGUAGUUUAUGAACCCCAGCAGGGUGUAAUUUAGGUUUGGUUUCCAUGUUGUCAUUGAUGUACAAACAUGGCUACCAGCCACAUGUAACCAAAUGUGAUGGUUGACCGUUUUGAUCCCCUACGACCACACUGGUGCCCUCUUCUGGUGACUACAGGAUCUUAAAUCUUUUAGACUUGUUUCGUGAGCAUGGCAAUGAUCUUCCUGUCCGUUAAAACGCUCCACUGUUAUAUCUCAAUCCAGUGUGGUGAGAAAUCUUCCACAGCCACUGCAUGACCCCUUCAGGUAAUAUAACUGUUCUGGCAGUGAUCUGGCGACAGGGGGAUUCUAGAGAGCCACCUGCUGGUUAGGGAGGUAACUUCCUUUCACGAAUUUGCCAAUUUGUGUCUGGGUGCCCAUUAUUUUCAUGCCAGUGAAGAUGCAGGAAAGAAGCCUUUUCACUGCCAUUGGACAUCCACUGUGGCCCGUCCUAAAUAACCCCCAAAUGCUGUAGACCCCCAACUUAGAUUGUAAAAAUAUUGGAGACCUGUGGUUAAGCACUGCAGUAGUCAGAGCCUGAGGAGGACCAUCUCCUGCCUCCUUGGCUCUUGUGUGGCACAAAGGAAAUGAUUAUCUUGUAAUUAUAGACCGUUAAGAAGAAAAUUGUCCCCCUUUAUAAUCUGCAUAAUUGCACACGCGGUUAGUCCAUCUCAACUCCUUGUUUUUGACAUGUUAUGGCUUUUUUUUUUCAAAAACUGACAAAAACGUUAUUUUUAUUUUUUAAUUUUUUUUAUUUUUUAGUCAUGAAAUGAAAUGUCAGCAUCCAUCUGUUACUUUUUUACCUGCUUGUUUAUUCAUGUCUUAGCAUCACAUCAUUACAGCUUAGCAACAAAGCAUCUGGAAGCCAUUAAGGCCCAUGGCUGCUCAGUGUGGGUGGCAUUUAGCCCAGAGCAGAAUUAUGGUCAUUCCACUAUAAACCCCUAGAUGUCUGCAGAAGUCUGAAUAAAUCAUGUGAGUUUUAAUC